UUCCAAACUAGACGGCCAGAGUACGAAAUAAUCAAUACAAAUUGCUUUCCAGUUAUCAUAGUAAUAUACAAUCACGAGUAACGUUAUACACCGAAGUGGAUAAUCAUGAAAAAUUUAAUGGCUGUGCUUGCAUUUGUUGCGAUUGUGGGGGGAGGCCUCGCCCUUAAAUGCUAUCAAUGUAAUGGGGAUGAUUGUAAAGACAAAGAACCCGAAAAUUGCGGCUUCUUAUUAAACGCAUGUUCAAACUUAACCGGAGUUGGUGUAAUAAAGCGAUACUGCAUGGUGAAUACUGGAACCGGGUGUAUGCAAGAACCUGUCAGUGGUGGAAGGCUAUGUGUUUGCAGUACAGAUGGAUGCAAUGGCGGAGCUUACAAUAUCAAGGGAAAUGUAUUCGUCUUACUCUUCAGUUUAGGCAGUUUUGUUCUUGUCAGAGUCUUGUCCUGAUUUUUUUCUUAUUUUCUAUGAACUACUAUCAUCUUGCAACAUUUUCGAAUAUACCUACAUUACAUCCGUUUUUUCCUA